UUGAUUGAAUGCUGCCUUUCUUUCAGUGCAGAGCCAAUCCUAAAAAGUGACCUGACGCUUUUCGCUGGUAACUUCAACACGUCACUGGAUAAGGCGAAACUUUUGAAUGACCAGACACUCCACAAUCAAGCGGCGACCACCGAGCGCCGAAACUCGUUCGGAGAAAUCGAGCAUAUUUUCGCAAUGGACGGGGCCCGGCGAAAAAUCUAUAACAUCGACUUGAACCAUUUUGACUUCUGCGACCUCCACGACUGGUUGUUCGGUACAUGCAACGGUCAGCUGAUCAGAAAGUACGACCGCGAGUUGGAGUCGUACAAGGGAGCGCUUUAUGAAGCAAAUAUUUACUUCCCUCCCACUGACCCGUACGCGUUCAACCGCAAAACGGAGUCCGACGAAUUUCUUCGGAACAAAUGCCCUGCGUGGCGUAGUCGCGUAUUCUACAACCAGCUGGCCAGGGACCGGAUUCAUUACGUAAGCACGAACAUAACGUUUUUCAUUACGAUCAUGCGAACUGGUGAGGAUCUUCCUCAUGAAGCGAUCGAAUCACCAGUCUUUGUAUUUCAAGCUCAUAAAUGA